GGGCCGGACGAGGCGGCCUAAAGCGGGAGUAGGCAGGAGGGGCUCCUCGUUGCCCUGGUUACGCUGAGGCACGUGUGCAGUCCCGGAAGCGGCUCCGGGAAGCUGCCUAGCUCGCGCAGCCGGAGGAAGCGCAGCCGGGUCCGCUCGGGUCGGGUCCGGCUGGGCAUGGAGCCGUUACCUGAGCCCGCGUCCCGGCCCCGGCCCGGGCCCAGGGCCCGCUGUCUUCUGCUUCUCCCCUUGCUAUUGCUGCUGCUGCUACUUCUGGCGGCCCCGGAACUGGGCCCGAGGCAGGCCCGAGCAGAGGAGACCGACUGGGUUCGACUGCCCAGCAAAUGCGAAGUGUGUAAAUACGUCGCAGUGGAGCUGAAGUCAGCCUUUGAGGAAACUGGCAAGACCAAGGAAGUGAUUGACAUGGGCUAUGGCAUCCUGGACCGGAAGACCUCAGGAGUCAAAUACACCAAGUCCAUUUCAGAGCCCCCCCAGAUGACCUAUCUUCCUUCCAGCUCUGCCUUCCCGUUGGGGGGAACUCAGGCCCUCUCGUGCUGCUGUCUCGGCAGGGACUUACGGUUAAUCGAAGUCACUGAGACCAUUUGCAAGCGGCUCCUGGACUACAGCCUACACAAGGAGAGGACCGGCAGCAACCGAUUUGCCAAGGGCAUGUCGGAGACCUUUGAGACGCUACACAACCUGGUGCACAAAGGGGUCAAGGUAGUGAUGGACAUCCCCUACGAGCUGUGGAACGAGACCUCUGCAGAGGUGGCUGACCUCAAGAAGCAGUGCGACGUGCUGGUGGAGGAGUUUGAGGAGGUGAUCGAGGACUGGUACAGGAACCACCAGGAAGAGGACCUGACUCAGUUCCUCUGUGCCAAUCACGUGCUGAAGGGCAAGGAUACCAGCUGCCUGGCAGAGCGGUGGUCUGGCAAGAAGGGGGACACAGCCGCCCUGGGGGGGAAGAAAUCCAAGAAGAAGAGUGGCAGGACCAAGGCCUCGGGUGGCAGCAGCGGUGGCAGCAAACAGAGGAAGGAGCUGGGUGGCCUCGAGGGAGACCCCAGCCCCGAGGAGGACGAGGGCAUCCAGAAGGCUUCCCCCCUCACCCGCGGCGCCCCCGAGGAGCUCUGAGCCUAACUCCGCUCUCCUGCUGACCCAGAGCCCUGACCUGGGAGCUGGAGGAUCUGGGCCCCGGCUCUGGCAGACAGCGGCACCGGGCUUCAGCUGUGCCUGCCUGGGCUGCGCCUCUUCUGCCGCAGACAGACU